AUGCUCGUCUCCGCACUGUUGAUCUCUUCAAUUGUCGCCACGCCGAUCGGGAGCGCCACCGACUCGCAACUCGCCGGCAUCGACCGUCAACGCAGGGAUGGUGAUACAAAGUGCCCGGAAUUUCGCCCGUUUGUAUGCUACGUCUAUGAGGCACUUGGCCAAGACUACCCGGCAUGGCUGAAGAAAGUUGGGGAUGACAGUGAUGAGGACAACAUGAAGUGCGCAACGUGCUCCGUCGAGAAGUUCAAAGAAUGCCUGGGUACGGCCACCUUCAUCGCUGACAUCGCUGCGGCCGUCUCCUACCCGCGCUGCAUCAAGACCGAUGGUCUCCCGGCCGAUCAGAAGGCCGUCGUACAAGCCGACGAGCUGCUUGAUUGCGACAAGAACCCCUUCUACAAGGAGCUGGGCCACGAAUCGCUGUCCGUCACCAAGUUGCCCCUUUGCAGUGAUGUCGAUCCGAACCAGAAAUUCUGCCUCUCGACUGAGGGUGAUGGUAAACUGCUGACAGUCAUCAUCAUCGUAGUGGCGAUCGUCGUCGUCGUGUUGAUCGUGGGCAUCGCCGCCUUCAUGUGGAGGCGCUCGCGGCGCGAAAAGCCGGAAAAGAGCAAGCCGCACACCCCCAAGAAGCAAAAGAAGGAGUCGGGCGACGACGACGACGCG